GUUGAAAAAUUCGAAGAUCGGAAUUAAACCUUUCCUCCUGCUGCUAGUCAUCGUAAACCCCGAAUCCCCAGAAGCCUCUAAUAAACGGGCUAAGAAAGAAAGAGCUGCUGCUGCUGCUGCUGCUUUCUGCCUUCCUGUGUUUGGGAGCCGAAUCAAAAUCGAAGGAAGGGAAGCGACGGGGAAAGCCACAAUGGGCAAAGCAGAGAACGAGCGACUCAAUCAAGCUCUAACUACGUACCUCAACACCAUCCAUGAAACCUUACAGGUUCCUUUUCCCUCCUUUCUUUCCUCGAAUCAGAUUUCAUGUCAAUUAUGUGAUUAUCGACUGGGUAGGUUCGUUCUGAUCAGUGAACAUUUGAUCGCGUUUGGAAGGUGUUGGAUCAAACACCAGGUUCUUCUUUGGACAAAGUUACCUGGAAUGAGGUUGUGAAAAUGGGCGACAAAGUCUACUGGCAAGCUACCGUUGGUAGGUACUCCCAUGCAUUUUCCCGCAAACAAAGGGGCUCAUAUUUUCUGUUGAGGCUCUCUGUUCAUUCUUUCUUUCUUUUCGGCUUUCCAUUGGCAGUCUUAUGCACUAAGUGAUGCUAUGUAUUCCGUAGCAGUGAUUAUGGGUAGCAUCAGCAGAGAUGUCUGCUGUUAGUUUUAUAAUUAAGAUAAUGGUUUACUGUCACUAACAGAUCCACUGUGAUGUCAACUAAGAGCAAUCACCCGGUUGCUUUUUGGGUUUCUUCAGGAUGAUAUCACCCAUUGUUCUGAUAUUCAAAUGCUGUAACUGAUAGUGUUUCCAUGACAAUGGUUUCAGUUGGGAUGCUUUGGACAGGGGAAAAGCCUGAAGCUAAAGCAGUCCAGGAGAACAUGGCGACUUUUUUCAAUACCUUACAAGGGUUCCUUCUACUGUCUCAUGGAAGCAGAGUCGGGGCAGGGCCUACUCUUUCUUCCAGCAUAUAUGCAUCAGUAAAGCAAGUUGUUGAUUCCAGUUUUAGGUUGAUGAUGGAAACCGUUACUUCUUAUGGUAAAGUCUCCAUCCCUCCCUCGUGUCUCUAGAUAACAUCUGGGGGUGCAGUUCCCACAGCUAGUAUGGGAGUGGACAGCCUACUUUUAGUUGAAUGAGUCGAAAUCUUUGUGAACUCUUGUGGAAUAAAAUGCAAUCCUUAUUGGUUCCACCCUUUCGUCCAAGGGCAUAUAUGGUAUCUGUUCAAGCUCAAUGUUCAUUGAAUAUAACGGAUCCUAAGAAGUGUAAGGUUUAAACAGUGGUCUUACGGACUUUAUUAUGGUGUUCUUGAAUUGAUAGGAUUAUGUCUGAAAGAAGAAAUAGGCUCCUAUUUGCAUGUUCUUUGGUUUCUUUUAUAUUGGAAAGUAAGAUAGGCAAUGGAAACUGAGGCAGUUUUAUGAUAGAUGUAAUUUGAUUUGAAAUACUUAGGGAUAAUUCUCUUAAAAAGCAUCAAAAUUGAUUAUAGCUCGAGGAUGUAUCAAAUUUAGCCAAGAAUAAGUUUUUGCAGAAAAGCAAUAUGAUAACUUUUGAAUAAGAAUAAGGCUCAUUCAUUAUUGACUAUAUCAAAAUGAUUGCUUCCCCGAACUUGCUUAUUUGGUUUUUGUCUGUUUGGUCAGUGUUCUUACUAAGUAAUCAAUAAAUUCAUCUCUGCUACUUUCUCUUACAAUGAAAUCGAAAAAAUUCCAGGAUCUUGUACCAAAGACCUGAAGCUCUUAGUUCCACAGCUGGUUGGUGCUGUAUGGGAAGCCUGUUCUGCAUUGAAGAAGACACCUUCAACUAAUAUCACAGCUAUUGGACGGGCUUUGACACAAGUUGCUGUGUCAAUGAAGGAUGUUCUUCGUGAGAUGAAAGAACUGAAGCCCGAAUCAGGCAAUCUCACUGUCACUGAAGAUGCUGAAGCAGAAGGCGGGACCCAAGAAGAGGAAGACGAUGGUAGCUUAAGUGAUGGCGGCAAUCUAGGGAAUGACUUGUCACCUGAAGAGAUGAAAAUUGCUGAAUCUGCAACAGGAGUCGUGUCCAAUGCACUUGUUUUCAUAAAGGAACUAGUCCGGACCAUCACUGGCUUGAUCAAACUGGAAAAGCCUGAUGAUAGUGGCAACUUUGUGGAUGCUUUGGAGAAGCUGUUGACGCUUUGUCAAGGGAUGGGAGAGCAGAUUGAUGAAUUGGGAGCCUGUCUUUACCCUCCCCAGGAGCUUCCUGUAAUGAAAACCGCUUUGGAUAAGAUAUCGAAGCAGGUUGAUGAAGGUCGGAAGGAAGUGGAAACUUUGAACUGCUCUGCUGAGGCAUUCUUCCAGGGCUGUAAUAGUUUGAAGAUAUCGAUUAGAUUAAUGGAGACAGAACUUGAUUCCUCGAUGACUGCUGUUAUAGAAGCCAAAAUGCAGAGUAUCAGUGUAGACAAUUAAAGGGGUAGGGUAUGGGGUUUCGUCAGUAGGAUCAUUCGCUUACUUACGGUAGUACUGUAGGAGGACUGUUACGUUCAUGUUCAUUUCUACUGCGUGCUACUUUGUCCAGAUUACUGUUCUUUUAUUUGGAUGUUUUUUCCUUUGUGUUAAUACAUUACGGAUUUUGUG